GCCCACCUCAUUUUUUUUUUUCGUCACCUCCUUCCAUUGACGAUUUGGUUUUGUUUGUGUGUCCCCGCAGGAUUUUGUCCGGUUGAGUUUUUGAUUGCGUUCGAUCCUGGAUAGGAAAAAAGGAAAGAAAAUAGGAAAAAAGAAAUUCCUGUCAAUGGCCGGAGGAGGUGACGCCGGUGGCGAGAAUGUCGGCUCAACUACCAAGAGAUUGACCAUCGCUUUUAUCGGCGCCAAGAGCGUCGGUAAGACUUCAAUCAUCCGACAAUUUGUGAGCAACCAGUUCAGCGAUGUUGUCGGAUCGACCGUCCAUCCGCACCGUUACGCCACCAGUUUGGUCCUGUCCAAUAACCGCAUCAUUGAAAUUCACAUCUCCGAUUUCCCGGCCAUCGAAACAUUUCCGGAAGAUUCCCUGCAAGAGUGGAACCUGCACUGCUCCGCCGCUUCACCCAAGCAGCAAAAUCCGAGGAAGCCCCCACAAUCCUUUUGUCGAUUACGGCAGGCGUCCGCCUACGUCCUCGUCUUCGACUCUUCCAGACCGGCGCCCACGUUCCAGUACAUCCGCCAGAUCCGCGAUCAGAUCCUCAGUCACGGAGGCAAAGACGUUUACAAGAAGCCCAUGGUAGUGGCGGCCAAUAAACAGGAUCUCAUCCACAUGGCCAGGGGUCCGUCGUCUGUCGGUGGAACGACGACGACGGCUGGAACGUCGUCGUGGUCCAAUCGGGGUCCGUUGAUGGGAAAGGGCCGCCGCCGAGGGACUAACAAGUACAUCCAUCACCAGCAUCAUCCGUCUUCGGGAGCAAACGGCUCGCACAACAACAGCAACGGGCUGGGCAAUUCCGGCGGCAACGGCGGCGGUAAAAACGGCUACAACGGGACGACUGGAACGUCGAGCGAGUGGAGCUGCACCGUGCGGAAGCAGUGGCGUUGCCUCUACGUCGAGUGCAGCGCCAAAUUCAAUUGGCAGGUGGUGCAUCUGUUCCAGCAGGUGGUCAAUGCAAUCGAGAGUUGCUCCAUGGACGGACAUCGACACCAAUCGGGCGGUGAUCCAUCGCGCCAUCAACUGCCGCAUUCGAUCGCUCAGCUCGUCCAUCUCGGCCAAUUGGCACAUCUGGGGGGUUUUAUCAACGUGCCCGGUGCUCCGCCCGUUGUCAUGCCGUUGCCACCACCUCCCAGGCCGUUGGCAACUUCACCAGAGACUCGUCGACGAACGACGACGACAACAAACGGGGGGCGAUCGACCAGAAGAUUGCAAUGCCCAGUCUGUUGAAAUAAAACACAAAAAAACAUAAAAUUAAAACAAAACAAAACAAAAUAAAAUAAAAAUUUCGCUUGUUAUAUGCGUGUGACUCUUGAAAUAAUAAUAAUAAAAUCGAUGAAU